AUGGCUUGUUUAUACGAAGGUUGUACCAUUACAAGCACAACUGAGCGGCUUAUAACAUGUUGGUUAUGUGAUAAGCAUGCUCAUUUCAAGUGUGCUGGAUUCAAUGGAAGACUUUUCGAUAAAAUUAGUGAUCGUAACAAUGGUUUGCGAUGGGCAUGUGUAGAAUGUAGAACCUAUGAAGUAGACUUUUAUCGCCUCUUUAAGGAAGCUAAACUUGAAAUGGUUGCCUUGAAAAGGGGCGUUGACUCGGUUUAUUCUCGCCUUGAAAAUUUUGAAAAAAUGUUCAAUAACUUUGAGUUUGCAGAUGGUUCUCCAAAAAGGAAAAAAUCGUUAGUAGUUGCUCAGGGUGACAACUUAAUUGCGUUAAACUCACCCGUUGUGGUUCCGCCACGCAACAAUUCUAAUCCUAGUCCAUGUGGAAACCAUCUGGCGCUGCCAGCGCUUCACUCAAAUAGUGGUUCCGCCGCAAUAACUUUAAAUCUGAGAGAUAGUUGUAGUUCACCGAUCGAGACCUCCAAUUCAAGCGCACCAAAUGUCCUUUCACGCCCUCCUAUUAUACCUCCAAUAGUUGUAAAUACUCCUAGCCCUAUACCUACUCAACCUUCUAUACCAUUAAAUGAACCUUCUACGAGUAACAACGAAUUAAUUGUGGUUGCUCCUAGGAAAACUGUAUUUAUAUCUAGAUUACAUGCUAACACUACAGUGGAAAAUAUACGUAGUUACAUUGGUACUAAAUUAAAAGACAUUAAC